GCGAAAAGGAAGCUCCGCCCACCUCCUCCUUCAGCGGCUCCCUUUGGGCAUUUCCGGUCGGGGCUGUGGGCGGGGCUUCGGUCUCCCCGUCGCGGAGCAGGGGCGCCAUCGGAUGACGCCACCUGGAGUGGGCUACCGUAUAUGCGGAUGUAGGGGCGCCGCGGGAGGCGGCGGUACCGUAUUGGCGGCCGUAGCCAGGGAGGCCUCCGCCGUCGGUAAGUGGCGCGCCGCCGGCUGCGCUCUGCACAUGCCCCGGGGGCCGCUCCUCCGGGGGCAGCGGGCGGGCGAGCUGCUUCGUGCAUGGCGAGGGGGGCUGGACUAGAUGGCCCCGGGGGGUCCCUCCCCGAGGCGGCCCUUGCGGGUCCCCCGGGCAGCCUCGCCCCAGCUGCGCGUCUGGCCGCUGCCCCGUCCCUGCUUCCCCCGCUGGUCCCGGCGCCGAAGGCGGAGCCCGUCCGGCUCCCGCUUCUGGCAUUCAGCUGCAUUUGCCCCUUGGGCGCCCAUUUCCUCAUCAUCUCCCACGGCUAGUCUGCUUCUGUUCUGCCGCCUGAAGGAGCCCAGGGGGGCAGGCAGGAAACCCCCCUAUUAACAACAGCACAGUGGGACCUCGGGUUACAGACGCUUCAGGUUACAGACUCCGCUGACCCAGAAAUAGUGCUUCAGGUUAAGAACUUUGCUUCAGGAGGAGAACAGAAAUCGUGUGGCAGCAGGAGGCCCCAUUAGCUCAAGUGGUGCUUCAGGUUAAGAACAGUUUCAGGUUAAGAAUGGACCUCCAGAACAAAUUAAGUACGUAACCAGAGGUACCACUGUAAUAGUUUAAAAACCGUAAAAGCACUGGUUUCUGGGUUGCCUGGAAGAGCAUCAUUCAGCCAUCUUUAGAUUUCCUUCCAAAAGUCCCUAAUAAUAAUACAGUGGUACCUCAGGUUACAGACGCUUCAGGUUACAGACUCCACUAACCCAGAAAUAGUGCUUCAGGUUAAGAACUUUGCUUCAGGAUGAGAACAGAAAUCGGGCUCCAGCGGCACAGCAGCAGCAGGAGGCCCCAUUAGCUAAAGUGGUGCUUCAGGUUAAGAACAGUUUCAGGUUAAGAACGGACCUCCGGAACAAAUUAAGUAUGUAACCAGAGGUACCACUGUAAUAAUUUAUUAUUCAUACCCUGCCCAUCUCACUAGGUUUCCCAACAGAAUCUCAAAAACACGAUAAAACGUCAAACAUUUAAAACUUCCCUAGUCAGGGAGAGAUUGUGGGCAAGUGGAUGCUCAGGUUGCGAACGUGAUCCAUGCGGGAUGCACGUUUGCAACCCGCAGCGUCUGCAACCCGCAGCAGCGCGUCUGCACACGGGCAGGUUGCAGUUCAGUGCUUCUGUGCAUGCACAAAGCGUGAUUUAUCACUUCUGCUCAUGCAUGACCGCCAAAACCCAGAAGUAACCCAUUCCGGUACUUCUGGGCUUCGGCGGUCCACAACCCAAAAAAAAUGCAACCUGAAGCGUCUGUAACCCGAGGUAUGACUACAUUGCAGUUCAGCAUUGGGGGUCUCUGGCCUGCAAUGCGUAAAACUACUUCCAUUUGUUACCCAGAUUCCCAUCUCCAUAUCUUACCUCCUUGGCUUUCCUCAGCUGCCUCUGUUUCUUUUCCGUGCUCCAACAAAUAAUACUGAGUUCACAGUUAGGUUUUGUUAUGUCGGUUUUGUUUCUUAGCAUGUGCUCCUUACGUGUCCACAGAAAUCUCCAUGGAAAUCAGUUGGCAAAGCAGUAACAGGGGACGCAGCAGCACAUCUCCAGGGAGGGCGUUACGCCAACGGGGAGCCACCACCAAAAAGGCUUCGCUAUGGGUCGGCCAAUGUUGGGGGCUGAGAGGGUUGAGGCAGAAGGCUGCCUGGAGUGAGGGAUGCCGGUGACCAGAGCAGAUCUUUGUGGUCUUUCCACCCGCAGGGGCAGCCGUUGAGCCAAGAUGGCGGAAGAGAAGAAGAUGAAGCUGAGCAACAUGCAGCUGCCCACUGAGUCCAUGAAGGUCAUGGCCGAGUCGAUGGGCAUUGGGCAGGUCCCUGAGGAGACCUGCCAGAUGCUGGCGGACGAAGUCAGCUAUCGCAUCAAGGAGAUUGCUCAGGUCAGUACUUCUUCCCACAGCACGGGAACUCCCUUCCACAGGAGGCAAGACUGGCCACCAACUCAGAUAGCUUUAUAAUAAUAAUAAUAAUUUAUACCCUGCCCUCCCCAGCCAAGACUGGGCUCAGGGCGGCUAACAACCGAUUGAUUGAAAUACAACUUAAAAACAAGAUUAAAAUACAACAUUAAAACAUUAAAAUGCAGCCUCAUUUCAAUAGAAACUCAAAUCAAAAACUUUUUGGGGAUGAAAACAUCAGGUCUUCACCAAGGCUAGCUUUGAAAGAGGAUGAGCAAACAAACAAACAAACCCCUGUGCUGCAAAAUAUGAAUCAGCAAUAUCAGAAGCAACACGAUGGCCAGAAACAAUUACAAUGUGAAAAACUUUAUGGAAUAAUUCAAAACAUCAAAACUAAGAAAAUGAAGUCCCUGCAAGUCCUGUUUUGUUGAAUUCUUCAUCAUGCUUGAGCCCUGUUCCAGAGUAUUUUUCAUUCUCAUGUAUAUUAUAUCUAUUCAAAAAAAAAGAUUGGUUAAUGAUGAAAUUACAUAUCUUUCUACUUAUGAGUGUUGAACUAAUUGGCUGAUGAAGAAUUCAACGAAGCAUGUCAAAAUAUUGUUCUGAAAAUGACACGUUAAUAGGCUUAGAGUAAAAAAUGUAAGCAAUAACAAAACCAAUAAAGAAAGAAGGAAAAAUAAGAAUUUAACAAAAAUAACUUAUUCUAGAAUGCAAGGGGGGAAAGGUAGAAAGAAAUAUAAAGAAGUCAAAUUGCUGUGGAGGGAAGUAGAGGGCGGGGGGGGGGUUUAUAAUUAAGUGCAUAAUUAUGCAGCUGUUGUUAUUUAGAUAUUAUAUUUUAUGUGAGGGAAUCAUUGGGAAUUUUGGUUAUUAUGUAUAUAUGUUAAGUUGCAAUAAAGAUCUUUGAAAAUUUAAAAAAGAAUUCAACGAAGCAGUAGUUGUUAUCCGGAAACACUGUUGCAGAGUUCAGAGUUGGACAUCAGAAUCGGACAUUUGCUGAUUAUACAAAGCUGUUCACAGCUUUCUUUCCGCCGGGUAAAGUCUGGCACCGUGAUUCAUUUAAGGACUUGCAGAGACUUCAGCUUGUUAGUUUGGAUGUUUGGAAUUAUUCCCUAAAGUUUUUCACAUUGUGAUAGUUUCUGGCCAUCGUGUUGCUUUUGAAAGAUGACAGAGAAGAGGGCCUUGAAGGGCUACCAGCCACGAUGGCUACACUCUGACGCCAAGUUUGGAGGCAGUAUAUGCUCUUCUCAUGUUCACGUAAAGAUUCGGGGGACCCCAAAGGUUUGUGGGGCUGUGAGAUUCAUCUCCGCUCACCCUGCUUGACUUCCAACUGUGCAGGGCCCAGAAAGCGUCAGUGUGACAUCGGUUGAUUGGCAGGCGGUUGCCCUGCAGGGUUUGGGGAGGUGGGGGAAGAGGGAGCUUUGGCCUCCCCUCUUUGAGGCGCACCCAACCCUUUGCCCGGUCUCUCUUUUUCCUUCUGCGACUUCCACCCGCUCAGGAUGCCUUGAAGUUCAUGCGCAUGGGCAAACGCCGGACGCUCACCACGGGAGACAUCGACUUGGCCCUCAAACUGAAGAAUGUGGAGGUGAGUUUUUGGGUGGGGCAGGCAAUUUCGGCAGGGCUGGGGGUGUUUGUGCCAUCUUCUUGAGCUGCAUGUUCCUGCCUUGCAGGGGGUUGGACUAGAUGACUCGUGGGGUCCCUUCCAACUGGGAUUGUGUGUUCAUUGCUGCCUCAGAGAAAUUGGCAUAAUGGCUAAGGGGUGACCCCACCUCUAUUUGGGGGUUAUUUUUUAUUAAACAUACAGGUGAAACUCGAAAAAUUAGAAUAUCGUGGGAAAGUUCAUUUAUUUCGGUAAUUCAACUUAAAAGGUGAAACUAAUUUAUGAGAGAGACUCAUGACAUGCAAAGCAAGAUACGUCAAGCUUUGAUUUGUUACAAUUGUGAUGAUCAUGGCGUACAGCUGUUGAAAACCCCAAAUUAACAAUCUCAGAAAAUUAGAAUAUUGUGAAAAGGUGCAGUAGCUAUUUAAUCCAUAACACCUGCAAUGGGUUCCUGAGCCUUUAAAUGGUCUCUCAGUCUGGUUCAGUAGGAAGCACAAUCAUGGGGAAGGCUGCUGACCUGACAGUUGUGCAGAAAACCAUCACUGAGACCCUCCAUAAGGAGGGAAAGCCUCAAAAGGUAAUUUUCCACAAUAUUCUAAUUUUUCGAGUUUCCAUCGCAGCCACGUGGGUGCCAAAUUCCUUACAUUUGGCGGCAUCUGUAAACGGACGAGACCCUUUUGUUUAUUUCACUGCCUCUUUCGUUGUGUCAGUUGUGUUUUCAUGCCCCAUGUACAAUUGCAUCCGUUUCAUUCUCGAAAGCUCCUUGUGCUGAACUUAACAGUACUUUCCCAUCAUUAUUUGCUUUUUCUCCUGGUCCGUGUCAUAGGAAAGAACUAAAAAUAAAUGAGCAAUCCUGGAUUCAUAGAAUUGCAAAGUUGGGAGGGAACCUGAGGGUCAUCUAGUCCAACCCCCUGCAAUGCAGGAAUAUUUUGCCCAACGUGGUGCUUGAACCCUCGACCCUGAGAUUAAGAGUCUCCUGCUCUACCAGCUGAGUCGGGGCUGGGUGGCAGCCGGUUGUUUUGAGUUGGAUUCAGUGAGAGAGGCAGCAGGGCCUUAUCCAGGGUGACCCCUUGACCCGCUUCCUUUCUCUGUUGCUGCCACAGCCGCUGUACGGCUUCCAUGCCCAGGAGUUCAUCCCCUUCCGCUACGCCAGCGGCGGGGGGCGCGAGCUGCACUUCUACGAGGAGAAAGAGGUGGACCUGAGCGACAUCAUCAACACCCCCUUGCCUCGCGUGCCCCUCGACGUCUGCCUCAAAGGUGAGGUGGGGUGGGAGCCCAGGGGCUGUGUGGCGCUCAAAUCGAGGGUGGGCUCCGGGGAAGGUGGGUGCCGGCUGUUGGCAAAGCAACAUUCCUGCAGGAGGAGAGGGCGAUGGAGGGCAACCAGCCACAACGUUUUAAUGUUGUAUUUUAAUGUUGUUUUUAUUAUCGGUUGUUAGCCGCCCUGAGCCCGGCCUUGGCUGGGGAGGGCGGUGUAUAAAUAAAACUUAUUAUUAUUAUUAUUAUGAAUGGCUAGUCACUGCCCUCCACUGUAGCGAUCAGGGGGAUUGCUAGGAGGAAUUAUAAAAAAUAUGGAGCAAGUCAUUUGUGCCAGCAAUGAAAGCAUUGACCGGGUUUGAGCCAUUCUGAUAAGAUUUCUGACCAGUCCACGCCUCUGCAUCCCUGUCCAAUUUCUCUUGCUUGGCAAGUCACGUACACAGGCCAGUGGCUUCACCGGGCGUCCUCCGUAUAUGAAGUACAUAAAAAAUAAAAAGUAAGGGGAAAUGUGUGUGCGUCUUAUGGAGGGAAGGCAGGCUGCGCAGUUAUCCUAGAAGCCAGAACAGCGAGAGGGAUUGCUGCUUUCACUGCACAGCGAUCCCUCUUGCUGUUCUGGCUUCUGAGAUUCAGAAUAUUUUUUUUCUUGUUUUCCUUCUCCAAAAACUGGGUGCGUCUUGUGGUCUGGUGCGUCGUAUAGAGUGAAAAAUACAGUAGAUCUUAAGGGCCAGGAAGAGAGUUCACAAGGAUACUGCCAUCCUUGUUAUUAUAAUCCUUGUUAUUCAUGUUUUUAUACUGUAUUUUAUGUUGCUUUUAUAAUUGUUUUAAAAUUGUUGCUAGCUGCCCUGAGCCCAGUUUUUGAACCAGGAAGGGCAGGGUAGAAAUACAUUUUUUUAUUAUUAUUAUUCUUGACCCUUGGCAGUCCCUUCUGGCCCUGGUGUGAGGGACCUUAGAAUUGUAGACUUCGAAAGGACCCCGAGGGUCAUCCAGUCCAACCCCCUGCAAUGCAGCGAUCUUUGAAGAGGUGUUUUCCAAGCGUCUAGGAGAAGCGACUCUUGAGAUCCGCGCUAGGAUCCUCAAGCUUGUGGGUCGGCAGCUUAGCAGAAGCGUUUGGAGGUUUGCCUCUCUCUUUGGCUCUGAUGUUUCUUUCCCCCUCUCUCGUAGCCCACUGGCUGAGCAUUGAGGGAGUCCAGCCCGCCAUCCCGGAAAACCCACCCCCAGGUGAGUCGCCCGCUUCAGUUGAUGCCGCAAAUCUGCUGGGGCACUUUCAGUGUUACUUCCUUUUCUUUCUAUGUAUGUAAUUUUAAUUGCAUUUUCUGUUUUUCAAUUUAAAAUGCUCAUUUUUACAUCCUUAAGAUAUCAAUAAUGAUAAUAAUUUAAUAAUAAUUCAUUAUUUCUAACCCGCCCAGCUUGCUGGGUUUCCCCAGCCACUCUGGGUAGCUUCCAACAGAACAUUAAAAACAGACUAAAAUGUCAAACAUUUAAAAACUUCCCUAAACAGGGCUGCCUUCAGAUGUCUUCUGAAUGUCAGGUAGUUGUUUAUUCCCUUGACAUCUGAUGGUAGGGCGUUCCACAGGGCGGGAGCCACCACUGAGAAGGCCCUUUGCCAAUGACUUCCGUUCUUCUCUUUCCAUGGGUCAUUUUACAUAUCAUAAAUCUCUGCGUAUUUUACAAAAACUAUACCAUCCAGUAUUCCAUUAUUACAUCCAUCAAAACUUAUUUACACAGUUGAAUUUAUCUUGGUGCUGCUGGCAUUUUCAGCUGUACAGAAUUAUUUCCCAUAUAUUCAAUAAACAUUUUCCAAUCUUGUUCCAAUAUGAUGUUCUUCUUCUCUUAUUCCAUAUGUUAAUUCUGCGAGUUGCGCAUAUUCUGUCAACUUGAGUUGCCAUUCUUCUUUGGCUGGGUCCUCGCUCGUUUUCCAUUUUUAGGCUAACAAAACACGGGCCGCAGUAGUGGCAUGCGUAAAUAGUCUUUUUUGACACCUGGGAAUUUCAGUCUGAAUUAUCCCCAGCAGAAAGGACUCUGGGUUUUUUGGGAAAGUACUAUUAAACAUUUUUUUCAAUUCGUUAUGGAUAGUUUCCCUUUCCAUGUUACUUUCUGCAGGGCUGGAUUAGUGCUCUUUUACGACCAUUAAUUAACGAGGGUUGCCCAUGUUUAUGACAUAUACGACAGAACAGUCCUUUUUGAAGACAAGGCUCGUCCCAAACCCGGCAGACCUGGAAAGAGACUUUAUACUCUGAUAAAAAUAAUAGUCUUUAACUUGGACUCUCACUAUUUUGCAGAUCUUUGCAACUGGGCUCAAUACAUGUACCCACUUUUACAGUUUUGUUUAUCCUUUAAUUUUGUUUGUUUGUUCCUUUUUAUUUAUUGAUACCUAAAAAAAAGGACAAAAGUUCAUACCCGUUACAAAGUAUAUUUUGAUAAUAUACUGAAAUUAAAACAGCUACUUAAUAUAAGGGAAGAACAAAGGCAGAAAGAAGCAAAGGGAAACAAGAGACCGAAAGAGAGAGAGAGAAAGCAAAAGAACAGGAGAGAAGGGAUUAAAGAAAGAUAAAAGGAUUUAUGGUUCUCUGUCCUGCAGCUAAAUAUACUAUUCACCCAUUAAAACCCAAUCUUUUGUAAACCAGUAUUUUUUCAGUCUUCAAAUCCCAAUAUUGUAAGUUCGUUUUCACGCGAAAAGUCCAUGAGAAGUUUCCAAUCCUGAUUUCCAUGAUUUUUCUCUAAUUAAGCAUGCUUGCUCAGCCAUUUCAGCCAGAUUCUAGGAUCUUUCCAUCUUUGUGCAUGUAACAAAUCUCGCCGCUGCAAUCCUGUAUUUUUGUUGGUUGAUAGGAGCAUUCUCUCUGUUCGGUGCACGUUAGGAAGUCAAUAAACGAAACUUCAUUUGCACAGAGAAGCAGCAGACCCUGACCGCCAUCCAUCUUUUUCCCUUCCUCUCCAGCCCCGAAGGAGCAGCAGAAAACAGAGGCCACUGAGCCCCUCAAGGCAACGAAACCAGGACAGGAGGAGGACGGCGCCCUCAGGGGCAAAGGGCAGACCACCACGGCCCCCGAUGGCAAAGGUCAGGCAGGGCAGCAGUGCUCUGUAGUUUGAUAAAUGCUUGCCCAUUUAUUUUUUUGAUGGAGUUACCAGCUUGGUGGAUCAGGGGAACGCUGUGGAUGUAGUGUAUCUUGAUUUCAGGAAGGCUCUUGUCACAGCCCCCUGUGAUAUUCUUGCAGAGAAGCUGCUAAAAUGUGGACUGGGCAAGGCACCGUAUUUUUCACUCCAUAAGACACACUGUUUUCUUCCUAAAAAGUAAGGGGAAAUGUCUGUGCGUCUUAUGGAGCGAAUGUGUGGUCCCUGGAGCCGAAUUGCCCAGGGGUGAAAAGCAGAUCAUGCUCUCUUUUUUUGAAAGAGGGAAGGGGGUGUUGAAACAAAGCCGUUGAUUGUUUGCUGAUCGGGGAGAGAGAUAAGGGACGCUAGAGAUAAAGGAGGCUGCCUGGGAGGGGGAGGUAAAAGCCCAUGGAUCCUCAGGAUUUUUGCACUGGGUCACCCCAAAUUCACCAUCAGAUCACAUAGCAUGUCCAUGGCUACAGCCUGCAGCAAAAAAAUCACGCAUCCACUGUUGCGUGGGGCCGCAAUGGCACAAAAACGUGGUUACAAAGCACAGAUCCACAUGGAUCCUCAGGAUUUUAAAGACUUUCAGAGACUUUGAGUCUAAGAGUUCAUUUUGAACUUGUUAUUAUUUGAAGGAAUUCUGUAAAGAUUGCCUGUUACGUAUGUAUAUGGUCGUCGUGUUGCCUAAACUUUGUUGACCUGCGUAAGGAAGCUGGAGGGGUCAGCCAGAUGGAGACAUCCGUUGUCAACCAACCUGGCGCCCACAGAUCUCCAGCUGGUCAUUUCGACCUCCGCCAGCCGCCAAACCCUUUGCUGCCCCUCCGUGACCCUGCCUUCCUUCCCUCCCUGCCAGGCAAAGAGAAGAAAGGCCCCCUUUUGGAGGGCACCCCCCUGAAGCUGAAGCCCCGGAGCAUCCAUGAGCUCUCUGUUGAGCAGCAGCUGUACUACAAGGAGAUCACGGAGGCCUGCGUGGGCUCCUGCGAGGCAAAGCGGGCGGUGAGAAACCAUGGAAAGGACCCCCGGGAUCCGCUACUCCAGCCCCCUGCACAUGGCAGCAGUCGCAGGAGUUGGGGACCUGCUCCUGCCCAGAGGAAAGCUGGCUCUGAAUCAGCUGGCUUAGGGUACAGGAAGAGCCUGGCAGCAGGAUCAGGCCAGCGGUUGCCCAUCUGGCCCAGAACCCUCUUCUUGCAGUGGCCAGCCAGGUACCCGUUAUGGGAAACAGGCAGCAGGAUCUGAGCACGUGCACCUUCUCCUCUCCUGUUGUUGCCAGCAACUGGGAUUCAUAGCGUCUGCUGUUGUGGCAGAGCCCUCACUCCUUCUUUAAUUUGCCUAAUCCUCUUUUAAAGCCAGGUUGGUGGCCGUCCCAGCCUGCUGUGGCAGGGAGUUCCACAGCUUAACCCUGCGCUGCAACAAUAAUAACAACAACAACAAUAAUUAAUAAUAAUAAUAAAUUUAUUUAUACCCUACCCAUCUGGCUGGGUUUCCCCAGCCACUCUGGGUGGCUUCCAACACAAUAUUAAAAUACGGUGAUACAUCAAACAUUAAAAGCUUCCCUAAACAGGGCUGCCUUCAGAUGUCUUCUAAAAGUCUGGUGGUUGUUUUUCUCUUUGACAUCUGGUGGGAGGGUGUUCCACAGGGCAGGCGCCACCACUGAGAAGGCCCUCUGCCUGGUUCCCUGUAACUUGGCUUCUCGCAGGGAGGGAACCACCAGAAGGCCCUCGGAGCUGGACCUCCGUGUCCGGGCAGAACGAUGGGGGUGGAGAGGCUCCUUCAGAUAUACUGGGCCUUUGAGGCCGUUUAGGGCUUUCAAGGUCAGCACCAACCCUUUGAAUUGUGCUCGGAAAUGUACUGGGAGCCAAUGCAGGUCUUUCAAGAAGUGCCCUGAAUCUUCUUAGCUCUCCCUCCAUCACCGCAGUGCCUUGGACAAGGGACAGUGAGGGGCUUGUGUGGCCAGUUUAUACAGUAGUACCUCUUUGUGAGUCCGCCCCACGUAGCAUCCAUUUCGUGGAACGUCCGCGGCAAACCUGGAAGUACCAGGAUGGGUUACUUCCGGGUUUGCCGCUCGCGCAAAAUAGCGCUUUGUCGAGCGUCCAGUUUUCCUGAACGGAUCCCGGACUCAAAACAAGGUACCACUUUAAUCCCACCCUGGAGCCCUCCUGCUGGUGACUUGAACUACAACUCCCAGGAGCCAGUAUGCCCAGCGCUGAUGCAUCAUGGGAAGUGGAGUCCAACACUUUUCGAGGCCGGUGGCUGGAAACCACAGGAUAGGAGACUAUUGCUCUGUUGCUCGGAUCCUGCUUGUGGAGUUCCCUUUGGGGUGUCUGGUUAUGAGACCAGGAUGCUAGCCAGGUUUCCUACGAUUCCCACGUGGAGCCUCCAUGGACAAAGCCAGUCUACCUCAGAAUGGCAGAGAACAAGAGCGGGAGGAGGCCGCUGCCCUUGCAUCCUCCUUGGGGGUGUUGGGUCGGCCACUGUGAGAACAGGAUGCCAGUGGCCUGAUCCAGCUGCAACACCCUCCCUGAUUCCUGACCUUAUGCCUUUUUUUCUACAGGAGGCUCUUCAGAGCAUCGCCACAGACCCCGGCCUCUACCAGAUGCUGCCACGCUUCAGCACGUUCAUCUCCGAAGGGGUAAGGGGUUUAUGUGCAAAGGGCGGGGAGGAUUUUAGAAAAGUCUUUCAAAACCAGAUGAAAACUCGCACCUGCUCCCUAAGCAUCCGGACAGGCUUGCCUAAGCGAAGCAUGUUCUCAGUAGGCGCCGAAAAGAGUACAGCGAGGGUGCCUUUGCUUGAUCUCAAGAGGCAGGGAGUUCCAGAGUCCAGGCGCCGCCACACUAAACGAUCGAGUUCUUCCAAAUGUGGAAUGGCUGUCGCAUGGCACCUGUGGCGGAGCCCCUCCUGCUGUUGAGUUGGGCACUUGUGGAGUUAGGCGAUCAUGCAGGUAAAUGGGUCUCGAGCUUUUUAAGGGCUUUGUAUCCUGAUAGUGAGGGAGGUGGGUUAAACCACACAGCCUAGGACUUGCCGAUCAGAAGGUUGGUGGUUCGAAUCCCCGCAACAGGGUGAGCUCCCGUUGCUCGGUCCCUGCUCCUGCCAACCUAGCAGUUCGAAAGCAUGUCAAAGUGCAAGUAGAUAAAUAGGUACCGCUCUGGCGGGAAGGUAAACGGCGUUUCCGUGCGCUGCUCUGGUUCGCCAGAAGCGGCUUAGUCAAGCUGGCCACAUGACCAGGAAGCUGGAUGCCGGCUCCCUCGGCCAGUAAAGUGAGAUGAGCGCCGCAACCCCAGAGUCGGCCACGACUGGACCUAAUGGUCAGGGGUCCCUUUACCUUUACCUUUUAUCCUGAUAGUAGCAGCAGCACCUUGACCCUGGCCCGGUGUCGGAUCAGACCCCUCAGCAGCAAAGGCACUCACUGCAGGCAAGGCCUCCUUGCUCCUGUCAGCAAUUGUGCUGCAGCAGCCCACGCCUUCUGCGGCCUCCGGGUCAGGCGCCAAAAAAGCCCUGCAUUCGAGGGCACAUUUUUAAAAAAAAUAUUUUUUAAAAUUGCGUUUUUAUGCAUAUGAAACAAAACCACUUCAAACAUUAAAAUACAAGGUUCUUUCGAACCUCCAGACCUCCUUCCCUCCCUCCCUUCAUGAGUUCCAUGUUUAAAUUGCUGCAUCUUUUACCGUUACCCAUCCAUUAUAUAACCAUAGUUGCCAUAAAUAGUUCCACAUUACAAGUGUCCUUACAUCCCUGCCAAAGAUUUUAACUGUUUACAGUGGUCUUUUAAACAAAUUACAAAUUUACUCCAGUCUUUAGAAAACACUUGAGCUUCCUGGUUUCAGAUCUUCCCCAUCAGUCUCGCCAUCUCUGCCUAUUCCAUCAGUUUCGUCUGCCAUUCUUCUUUUAUUGGUACUUCUCCUUCCUUCAUCUCUGUUUUUUUUUAAAAUAAAUAUUUAUUAAAGUUUUCACAAUAUUACAAAAUGAAAAAGAAAAAGGAAAUAAUACAAAAUAAAAAAUAGUUAAAAACAAUUCCAUCUUUUCGUCACUUAUCUUUCAUUUACUUGUUUCCCGGACCUCCUCAUACCUCCCCUUUUUGUAUUCCAGUUCAAUUUAUUAGUUCAGCAAUUCCUUUCCCUCCUUAUUUUAUCCUGAUCUUUAAUCUUAAUAUAUUAUAGCUUUAAUUUACCUGUUAAGAAUCCAAUUUUUUCAUAUUCUUUUAUACCAUUACGGCUAGAAACCACUUAACUUCAAUUCAACAUCAUUCUAACAUUCGUUAAUUUUGCAAUAUUUCUGUAAAUAGUCUUUAAAUUUCUUCCAAUCUUCCACCGACUCUUCUCCCUGGUCUCGGAUUCUGCCAGUCAUUUCCGCCAAUUCCAUGUAGUCCAUCAUUUUCAUCUGCCAUUCUUCCAGAGUGGGUAGGUCUUGUGUCUUGCAAUACUUUGCAAUAAGUAUUCCUGCUGCUGUUGUAGCAUACAUAAAGAAAGUUCUGUCCUUCUUUAACACUGAUUGGCCGACUAUGCCCAGGAGAAAGGCCUCAGGUUUCUUCAAGAAGGUAUAUUUAAAUACCUUUUUUAAUUCAUUAUAAAUCAUCUCCCAGAAAGCCUUAAUCCUUGGGCACGUCCACCAUAGGUGAAAAAAUGUACCUUCAGUUUCCUUACAUUUCCAACAUUUAUUAUCCGGCAAAUGGUAGAUUUUUGCAAGCUUGACUGGGGUCAUGUACCACCUGUAUAUCAUUUUCAUAAUAUUCUCUCUUAAGGCAUUGCAUGCCGUAAACCUCAUACCUGUGGUCCAUAACUGUUCCCCGUCAGCCAUCAUUAUGUUAUGUCCAACAUCUUGUGCCCAUUUAAUCAUAGCAGAUUUCACCAUUUCAUCCUGAGUAUUCCAUUUCAACAGCAAGUUAUACAUCUUUGACAAAAUCUUAGUUUUGGGUUCUAACAAUUCUGUUUCUAAUUUUGAUUUUUCCACCUGGAAGCCGAUUUUCUUGUCCAAAUUGUAUGCCUCCGUUAUCUGAUAAUAAUGAAGCCAAUCUCGCACUUUGUUUUUUAGUUUUUCAAAACUCUGCAAUUUCAGUCUAUCUCCAUCUUGUUCCAAAAUUUCCCAAUAUUUCGGCCAUUUGACCUCCAUAUUGAGUUUUUUCUGAGCUUUCGCUUCCAUCGGUGACAGCCACCUUGGAGUUUUAUUUUCCAAUAAGUCCUUAUAUCUUAUCCAGUCCUUCCUUCCAUCUCUGGGCUAGAAGCAUUCUCGCUGCCGCCAUUGCAUACAUAAAAAGUCUUUUAUCUUCUUUUGGAGACUCUGUUAUACCUAGUAAAAAGGCUUCUGGUUUUUUGACAAAUGUAUUUUUAAGCAUUUUCUUUAGUUCAUUAUACACCGUAUACCAUUUCCCAGAAAGCCUUUACCAAUGUACAUGACCACCACAUACGGUAAAAGAUGCCUAGAGAGCGUAUAUCUCUGUAGCCACCGGCUGCCUUUCCCAAUCUGAUCUGGAGCCUCUCACCUGACGUCCCAUUCCCUCCCUCUCUCCAGGUGCGGGUAAACGUGGUACAGAAUAACCUGGCUCUGCUGAUCUACCUGAUGCGGAUGGUGAAGGCCUUGAUGGACAACCCCACCCUCUACCUGGAGAAAUACGUGAGCCUCUCUCUCUUCUCUCUCUCUCUCUCUCUCUUUCUGGCAUGGAGGGACCAUUAAGCAAAAUAAGCCCGUUCUUAGGGCAUCAAAGUAAGCAGGAGAAACCACAGACAUGGACCAUGGGCCACAUGGUGCCGCUGAACCGGAGGGCGGGGGAGAAAAAGCCUGAACUGAUUAAAUAAGUGUAGAAGACUAUAUCGAGCGUGCCUCAUCCAAACGCUUUGGUAUACAGUGGUACCUUGGUUUACGAACUUAAUCCGUUCCGGAAGUCCGUUCUUAAACCAAGGUACCACUGUAUUUGCCUUGGUGUUUUUUAAACAAGAACGGUCACAAAUGGCUCAGCUGAGCGUUCCUUUUCUCAGCUAGAAAUCCCAGCAGAGCAACUAGGCAGGCCGGACGCCUGUUCUCGACAAAGUACAGAAGCAGGUGUGUUACGUAAGAUUAGUUGAGGAUCCGAUCAAGGCGAAAAUUACCCUAACCCACACACGAACUGAUCCCGGCCGUCAUGACCUGCAUCGUCAGCCAUCAGCUGUGUCCUCGUCCAGCCCUGGGGGGGGGGUGUUUCCUGGGGUGCCCCAAAGUGAAUCGGGAGCCGGCGCUGACCUUAACGCCAUGGGCAUCUUUUCUUCCCCACCCCCUGGCAGCUCCACGAACUGAUCCCGGCCGUCAUGACCUGCAUCGUCAGCCGCCAGCUGUGUCUUCGGCCGGACGUGGACAACCACUGGGCGCUGCGGGACUUUGCCGCCCGGCUCAUCGCCCAGAUCUGCAAGAACUUCAGCACCACCACAAACAACAUUCAGUCGCGCAUCACCAAGACCUUCACCAAGGUGCAUUUUAAUGCCGGAACACAAAGGCCUCCGAUGGAGCUGAGCGUGGGGAGGUUGAGUUGGACUGCGGAACUCCCUGCCACCGCAGGCAGCGAUGGGCACCGUCUAGGGUGGCUUUAAAAGAGGGUUGGGGGAAUUCAUGGCGGAGGGCAGGGUUUCGAGGGCUCCCAGGACAUUUCUGGGCACAAUUCAAAGUGUUGGUGCUGAGCUUGAAAGACCUAAAUGGCCUCAAAGGCCCAGUAUACCUGAAGGAGCGUCUCCACCUCCAUCGUUCUGCCUGGACGCUGAGGUCCAGCUCCAAGGGCCUUCUGGCGGUUCCCUCCCUGUGAGAAGCCAAGUUACAGGGAACCAGGCAGAGGGCCUUCUUGGUGGUGGCGCCCUCCCAUCAGAUGUCAAGGAGAUAAAGAACUAUCUGACUUUUAGAAGACAUCUGAAGUCUUUCAUGUUUUAUGGUGUUUUUAAUAUUCUGUUGGGAGCUGCCCAGAGUGGCUAGGGAGGCCCAGCCAGAUGGGCGGGGUAUGUCAUAAUAAUAAUAAUAAUAAUAAUAAUAAUAAUAAAAAAUAAUAGCGAUGCUUCUGAAUCCCACUUGCUGGAAAACGCAGGAGGGGAGAGAGCUCUCGGGUUCGGAUCCUGCUUGCAGCUUUCCUAUAAUAGGCAACUUUUUGGCCGCUGUGAUGCCAAAUGAGCCCCGUUUGGCCUGAUCCACCAGCCAGGCUCUCCUCCUGUUCAUAUAAUAAAUAAUAAUAAUUUUUAUUUAUAACCCGCCCUCCCCAGCCAAGACUGGGCUCAGGGCGGCUAACACCAGAUAUAAAAACAAUUGAUUAAAAUACAACUUAAAAACAAGAUUAAAACACAACAUUAAAAUGCAGCCUCAUUUCAGCAGGAACUCAAAAACUUUUUGGAGGAUGAAAACGUCAAGUCUUUACCAAGGCUAACUGUGCAGACUGGUCCUAAAGGUAAAGGGACCCCUGACCCUUAGGUCCAGUCGUGGCCGACUCUGGGGUUGCGGCGCUCAUCUCGCUUUAUUGGCCGAGGGAGCCGGCAUACAGCUUCCGGGUCAUGUGGCCAGCAGGACUAAGCCGCUUCUGGCGAACCAGAGCAGCGCACGGAAACGCCGUUUACCUUCCCGCUGGAGUGGUACCUAUUUAUCUACUUGCACUUUGACGUGCUUUCAAACUGCUAGGUUGGCAGGAGCAGGGACUGAGCAACAGGAGCUCACCCCGUCAUUGCGGGGAUCCGAACCGCCGACCUUCUGAUCGGCAAGCCCUAGGCUCUGUGGUUUAACCCACAGCGCCACCCGCAUCCCUUCCAGACUGGUCCUACAUGGGCCAGAAAAAAGCCAGGGAAGUCCCCAAGUAGGAGUUCCAUCACAGGAAAGGAAAAAGGAUAGAGGGGAAGGGGAUCAAAUUGAUUCCAAGCCAAAGGCCAGGCGGGACAACUCUGUCUUACAGGCCCUGCGGGAAGAAAUCAGAUCAAAAUAUGCAUUUUGGGAGUCCCCUCCCCUACCCCUGACUCCUCUCUCUCUCUCUCCUUCCCCCACUAGAGCUGGGUGGACGAGAAGACCCCCUGGACCACGCGCUAUGGCUCCAUCGCAGGGCUGGCUGAGCUGGGGCACGACGUGAGUAGCCUCGGACCCAGCUGUGGGUACGGCAGGGGCAUCCCGGGGGCAGGCGCUGGGCCUCACUCUCUCUCCUCCUGCCUCCCCAGGUGAUCAAGACCCUCAUCCUGCCCCGGCUGCAGGUGGAGGGGGAGAGGGUCCGCUCCGUCCUCGAGGGGCCGGUUGUCAGCAACAUUGACAAGAUCGGGGCCGACCACGUCCAGAGCCUCCUCUUGGUAAGGGGGCAGCCGGGGUGGGGUGGGGUGGCUGCUUCCAAAUGGCUUGCGUGCGUACAGAGAAAGAGCUAGUCCCAAGCACAGGGAGAAGCUGUGGGGAGGAAAAUAUAGGUCACCCAUGUGGGGUAAUUGAUCGGCUGGAGCCCUAGAUCCAAGGUUUGGGACUGGACAAAUCUCUCCAGCAAGAGGGGAGCUCCCAGAAAAGUAUUAAGGUCACAGAAUCACACAACACAGUGAUGAAGCAUGAGGAACACGGUAGAAUUGGUUGGAAGGGACACCAAGGGUCAUCUAGUCCAACCCCCUGCAAUGCGAGAAUCUUUUGAACCCACAACCCUGAGAUUAAGAGUCUCAUGCUCUGCCAACUUAGCCGUCCCCUAUAUAGGCAGUUAGAUCCUUUAAACAUCCCAUUUAGUCCACUGCCCUUCUCUGCCCCUCUGGCAACGAACGGACCACACCGUUAGGAAGUUUAAAUGCUUUACUUACAAACUUCAAAGGUCAGAUUCACGCGUUACUGCAUGCAGCAAGGAGAAGAACGUGGGUGGGAAAUUCAGAAAAAUAUUUCUGAGCGCACGGUCUGGGCAGUGCAUCACUCUCCUCCUGUGCAACUUCCUUGCGCUUGAAUCCUGCUUGCGGGCUUGCCAAGGGCACCUAGUUGGCGUCUGUGAGGGCAGGACGGUGGAAUAGGCGGGUCCCCUUUUUGCCCGACCAGCUUCGGGGCUCUUCUGCUCUUCCGAUGGAACUUCCACAUCCAGGGGCAGUCUUUCUCAAUUCCCGGGCGAGGGCGGGAUGCUGGGCUUGGGUGGUCCUCUCCCCCCACUGCUCUUUUUAAGUUUCUCCUAUGUCCUCCCCGCACUGCAGAAACACUGUGCUCCGGUCCUGGCGAAGCUGCGCCCCCAGCCCGACAACCAGGAGGCCUACCGGGCGGAGUACGGGGCGCUGGGCACCCUCCUGUGCACCCACGUGGUCAAGGCACGUGCCCAGGCAGCCAUGCAGGCACAGCAGGUGAACCGCACCACCCUCACCAUCACCCAGGUAAGGGGGGGCAGAACCCCCACCCCCAAGGGGGGGCAGAACCCCCACCCCCAAGCACCCACGGGCUCCGGGUCUUGCCCUGGGCGGCCCCACCCAGGGCUGCGGUUCCCCUCUCCCUUAAUAAUAAUAAUAAAUUUUAUUAAUUUUAUUUAAAUAAAUUUUAAAUAUUUAAAUUUUAUUUAAAGAGGCAGCCCUGUUUAGGGAAGCUUUUAAUAUUUAAUAGGUUAUUGUAUUUUAGUGUUUUGUUGGAAGCCGCCCAGAGUGGCUGGGGAAACCCAGCCAGAUGGGCGGGGUAUAAAUAAUAAACUAUUAUUAUUAUUAUUACUACUACUACUAUUAUUAUUAUUAUUAUAAGGGCCUGGGGUCUGUGGUGUGCAUGCCUAGGAUGCAUUAGGAAGACUGGGUGCCAUCUGUGCAUGUGCAAAGUGCAUUUGCCCCGCCACUGAAGGAACUCACACUCAGUAGUGGUGCCCGCCCUGUGGAACUCCCUCCCACCAGAUGGGAAAAAACACCUACCAGACUUUUAGGAGACAUCUGAAGGCAGCCCUGUUGAGGGAAGCUUUUCAUAUCUGAAGGGCUAUUGUAUUUUAACAUUUUGUUGGAAGCUGCCCAGAGUGGCUGGGGAAACCCAGCCAGAUGGGCAGGGUAUAAAUAAAAAAUUAUUAUUACAGUGGUACCUUGGGUUAAGUACUUAAUUCGUUCCGGAGGUCCGUACUUAACCUGAAACUGAUCUUAACCUUAAGCACCACUUUAGCUAAUGGGGCCUCCUGCUGCCGCCGCGCCACCAGAGCCUGAUUUCUGUUCUCAUCCUGAAGCAAAGUUCUUAACCUGAAGCACUAUUUCUGGGUUAGCAGAAUGUGUAACCAGAAGUGUAUGUAACCUGAAGCGUAUGUAACCCGAGGUACCACUGUAUUAUUAUUAUUAUUAUUCCUCCCCAGCCAAACACCAGCUAUAAAACAAUUGAUUGAAAUACAGUUUAAAAAACAAGAUUAAAAUGAACCUGGGAGGGAAAAUCUAACACCCCCCGUGAUCCUCUCUCUGUCUCUCUUUCUCUCUGCAGCCUCGCCCCACGCUGACCCUGUCCCAGGCCCCCCAGGGGGGAUCCGGCAGCGCCUCGCGGGCCCCCAGCAUCAUCAAGAUGCCCGGCUCCCUUGCCCUCCCCAUGCAGACGCUGGUCUCUGCCCGGCCGGCCACCCCCACCCAGCCCUCCCCGCCGCCCACCAAGUUCAUCGUCAUGUCCUCCUCGGCCUCCGGGACGCCCACCUCGCAGCAGGUGAUCACGCUCAGCGGGGGCCCCGCCUGCACCUCCACCUCCCCCGUCACCACCACCGUGCCCAGCACCCAGCCCCUGGUCAAGCUGGUCUCCGGCGGGCAGGCCGCCCCCAGCCCCCCGGUCUCCGGCAGCGUCCAGAAGUACAUCGUGGUCUCGCUGCCCGCCGCCGCCGAGGGCAAAGGAGCGGGGGCCGCCCAGCUCUCGCCUUCCUCCUCGGGGGCCGGCGGCUUGGCCCUGGCGGGGGGCAUCAAGCAGGAGCAGGGCGAGAGCCCCCCGCCCCCCGGGAGCAGUGCCAGCACCUCAGCCGCCACCGCCUUCCUGGCCAAGGCCAACGGGGCGCAGGGCCUGGUGCCAGAGUCCCCCCAGACGCCCUCCCUGUGAGGGAGGCCGGGCACGUCCCUGGAUCGCAAGACGGCUGGGGGGCCUCAACACAGCACCUCCCCUUGCCCACCGCGUGCCAAGGAAGGGGGGCGACGGUGGCAUCUCAACAGCCUCUGCGUGACGUUAAGUCUAUUCCCUCCCCACCUUUGGAGCAACUUGGGGGGCAGAGGAGAAGGAAUCGAGACUCCGUGUUGUUUUUUCUUCCUGCGAGCAGCAGGGCCAAAUUGGGGUGUGUGUGUGUGUGUGUUUGUGAACAUUGGGGGGGUCCCACGUUUCGUGUUGUAGAAAAGCCCCCUCUGUCCUUUCGUCUGUGUCGCAGAACUGUAAAUAGAUCCUCUUUUAAGUUCCAAUAAACUCGACUCUUCUACCUGUCUGUGAGAGUGGUU